UGCAUUACCAACAUCAAUGUAACUGAAGUUUCAGCUCAAUGGAUGUAACUUUACCCUAGGCCGCCAGACAUAACCUGUAUCUGAAUUAGAACUGCUCUUGCCUCUGUCAUUGAAGGCUGCAUACCUCCAGAUUUCAAAGCAGCGCAAAACCGCUGUCGUUUCUUUGCUCUUUAAGUCAAACCUGACAUAACAACAAUGACAGAAGGGACGAUUAUGCCAGAAGGUGAUGCAGCGGAUAAGGGUGAGGUGGCCGCCGGUGAGCACGCAGAGGAGAAGCGACCGGAGGAGGAGACCAAGGAGAACGGAGAGAGCAGAGUGAGCGUCCCGGGGCAAACCCCGGCUCCGGGAGCGGAGGAGGACGAAUUUGUGCACCCCGAGGGCGGCUGGGGAUGGAUAGUUAUGCUGGCUGCAAUGUGGUGUAACGGCUCGGUGUUCGGGAUCCAGAACGCCUUCGGCAUACUCUUCCUCUCCCUCCUGCGGGAGUUCGGGUCCGAGCACGACGAAGACCUCCGCUUCAGGACAGCGUGGGUGGGCUCCCUCUCCAUGGGGAUGAUCUUCUUCUGCUCUCCCAUCGUCAGCGUCUUCACCGACGUCCUCGGCUGCAGGGUCACUGCAGUGGGAGGCGCUGCCGUCGGCCUGGUAGGCCUGCUGGCCAGCUCCUUCGUCACGUCCCUCGGCCCCAUGUACUUCACCUACGGCAUCGUGUUUGCCUGCGGCUGCUCCUUCGCCUACCAGCCCAGCCUGGUCAUCCUGGGCCACUACUUCAAGAAGCGCCUGGGCCUGGUGAACGGCAUCGUUACCGCCGGCAGCAGCAUCUUCACCAUCACCCUGCCCUUCGUGCUGUCGGGCCUGCUGGACAAAGUGGGUCUCCAGAACACCAUGCGUGUCCUGUGCAUCCUUAUGUUUGUGCUGAUGCUGGCCGGCUUCACCUACAAGCCCCUGCUGCCAGUCAAGCCCUCCAACACCAGCACAGGCGGCCGGUGCCCGCCCAUGAACCAGAUCUUCAACAUCAAUAUCUGGAAGUCUUUGGGAUAUCGCAUUUGGGCCUUUGGUAUCCCUGCAGCCCUUUACGGCUACUUUGUGCCUUAUGUUCACCUGAUGAAGCAUGUGGAGGAGCGUUUUGGACCAGACACCAAUAAAGAAGUUCUGCUCAUGUGCAUCGGCAUCACGUCUGGCGUGGGUCGUCUCAUCUUCGGCAGGGUGGCGGACUACGUUCAUGGGGUCAACAAGGUCUUCCUGCAGGUGACCUCCUUCUUCGUCAUUGGCCUCAUGUCCAUGAUGAUCCCUCUGUGCAACAUCUUCGGUGGGCUGAUCGCCGUGUGCCUGUUGAUGGGGCUGUUUGACGGCUGCUUCAUCUGCAUCAUGGCCCCCAUCGCCUUUGAGCUGGUUGGGGCCAAAGACGUGUCCCAGGCCAUUGGCUUCCUGCUGGGCCUAAUGUCCGUGCCCAUGACUGUGGGACCCCCCAUCGCAGGUUUCCUGAGGGACAGACUAGGUAGCUACGACGUGGCCUUCUACCUGGCAGGCAUCCCCCCGAUCUUCGGAGGAGCCGUGCUGUGUCUGAUACCCUGGGUGGAGGCCAGGCGCAAGAGGAUGGAGAAGGAGACCCUGAGCAGAGACCAGGACGUCAGCCAGAAGAUGAUAGAGCACGAGAAGGCUCAGGGAGAAGCGGCAUACAAAACCGGAGAGUCUGUCCUCUAAGAGCCCCGCUGGCCAGACUGAAAGAGAGACACGCAGUACGGGGUCAGACUGAGACUGCUAAGUACUGAGAUUCGGUGUAUGUGUUUUAAGAAGAUUGUAAUGACUGCCUUCCGUGGGAGAAUGUCAGAAAAUGCCAAAGCGACGAAACAUAUCAGAUAAAGUCAUAGGCUGAAGUACAAUUUACAUGAAUGUGAUCUUGAAGAACUAUGCAUUAGAUUGUUUCAAUUAGACUGAACUAAUCUUACAGCAAGCAAACUUGAAGUUUUAAAUGAAAAUAGAGAAAACUGUACAUUUCAUAUUUGUAACAAAGGAAAGAAGGCAUGCUCUUCUCACAAUAAAAGCAGCGUGGCAGCUGCUGAUUCAGUCUUUAGCAACAGUCUCUACCGAAACCAACUUUCAGAUUGUGUCCUUAAGGGAAAGGUGGACUUCAUUCAUCAUUCUUUACAGUUGGUUUGCAACACUACCAUAUGGUUUGAGAUGAAGAAAUAUGUCAUAAGAAGGAAACUUAACUUGAUUCAGCCUCAAUCACUUUCUCUGUUUUGCAUCAAGCAAAACGGCAAACUGGUCUGCUAAAGAUUUCUCCUUAAACCUGCCAUCUUUAUUGUCUCCGGUGUCCCCUUUAAAGGGACUGUGUCCUCAGAGAAGGGCUCUGAGAGGUUUGGGGCUCAGGAGUUCAUUGUUCGUGUUAUUAAUGAAACUCUGGGAUCAUCUGAGCUGUGAAGGUGCUCAGACACUUCAAGGGAAGCAGCUUUAAGCACAAUGAUUUUACAUCUCAAGACAAGCAGCUCUGUCCCUGAGGCUAGGUCCACGAAAUGUUACACAAUGGACUGUACCCAAGGUUGGAUUAGACCCCCAGGGGCCCAAAGGGUCCAGGUUCAUCAUGUUUCAAUUAGCUUGUGGUAUCUGAUUGCAGAUUAGUUUGGUAAUGCUGUAUGCAUAAACUGAAAUGAUGGGGGCCUGAAGGAGACACCUGCAUUAUAACAUAAUCCACAGGUCCUUGUGCUGAAAUCCACAUUGAAGGCCUUCCUUGUUUAAAUUUAUGUUAUGCUUAUAUGAUCUAUCUUCCUCAAUUAAAUCCUGGUUAAUCAAAUACCACAAACUAAUUAUUAACUUAUACUAGCAAAAUAUUCAUGCAAAGGGGCUGCAUGUGAUGGAACCAUGUGUCUGAGAAAUGUGUGAAAAUAUGUUUUACAGUAAUGUCUUAAAAGGAAUAGUUUGACAUGUUAGGAAAUGUGAUUUUUGGCCUUCUUUCCAGCAGUUAGAUGAAAAAUCAACCCCAGCCUCACAUCAGUCUGUUGACUGUACUGCUGCUCCCAGCAGCUGGUUAGCUUUGUUUAGCACCAGUUAUGGAAACAGAGGAAACUACUAGCCCAGCUCUCUCCAAAGGUAGCAAAAUCCAACUUAGAGCUUCUCUAAAACACGUUUCAUCUCAUAAUCAGUACAAAACAAUUCAUAUCAAAAUUACUUCUUGGAGUGUUGUAACCAUAUUUCCCAAAAUGUCAAAUUAUUCCUUUAACAACAAAAACUAGCCAGCACAAGUACACCUGCUUUCAGUUAUGAACCUUAAUAAUGAUUCAUAAGAUACAUUGUGUUUGUGGACAUGUCUAUUAACUGACCAUAGUAUUGACAUUAAGCAGUAUUUCUUUGAUAAAUAUCAACAGCCAGUGGUGAGGCUUGUCUUUGAAGUUCUUCUUUUUUCUCAGUAAUUUGGUCCAACAUUGCAACGUACGUUUACAGUGUCACGCUUCUGGUUCAAGUGGAAAAAGCUCAAAUGCUUCCGAGUAAAAGAAAAUGAAGUUUGCCCGGUAGCUGACGCUGUCCAUGUCAUAAAACAGCUGCUGUCAUAUCAGCAGAUGAACUGCUUGGAUGGAUGACCUCUUCAAAUCAAAUACCGGUGCAUAUGUAGUUCCUCACUACUUUAUAAACUGUCUAUUACACAUUCACCUACUGAAUCACUUCAGACGGACGCACCUCAUUGUGUGAGGAUGUGAGUUUGACUAAUCAUUGACUCUGUGUCCAUUAGUCAAGUUAAGUGAAGAUAAUCAUUAACUCUGUACCCAGUUCCUUAACCUUUAGUAGAAAGCUUUGUUUUCUGUGUUCAUAUUUUAUUUAUUUGUUAGUUUUUGGGGAGAAUGUCAUGCUGUAAUUGACGGGCAUUUGCCUAGAGCCUUGAUUUCAUUACUGAAGACCAAAAUGUAGUGAAAUGAAAAUAGCUGAAAGUGUAUUCAUCCUGUUUUGCUGCUGUCAUAUGUGUCCUGAAAGCUUACCGGUGGAGUCAGUGAACCAGCUGAACAUGGUAGGAUGUAACUCCGUCACUGUUGACAGUGGUAGAGUGCUUUUGGAAAACUCAGAGACCUUUUGGAAAUCAGAGCACCAACACUGAAUUCUGUGGGUUCGCUGAUGUUUCCUCUGCAGACCUGUGACACUGUCUACCUCAGAUGUUGUAAAAGUGCAGAGCUCUGCCCCCGUCCGGAUCCAUCCCAGCAUCCCCGUUCCUGCAGCAGAGGCAGUCCAGCAGAGCAGUGUGAGCAGUGUGACUGUCGAAACACAAAUAAAUUGAAAAGUCUUAGAAAACUAACUGGCUGUCCGAGCUUUGCUCUUUAAUGAACCACUUGUUGCUCAGAACCAGAAAUGCCUUUUUUACAAAACAAGUGGAAGAAACUUCAGCAGCGUUUACAUCUUUUUUCCUCUUUAAAUAUAUAUUUUUAUUAUGACUAAAUCAUAUCCAUUUCUUUUCAAUUCAAGCCUCGUUGUAAUGCCAUUUAUGACGGCGUAGACUUUACCUUGAGACUGUUUUCUUUCUGUUGUAGUGCUAGUCACCAAUGAGAGCCGAAAGGAAUUUCUUGUCAAAGAAAAUACUUCAUUUGUAGCUCUGAAUGUCGAUUGUAAACCUCUUUGCCAUACACACAUUUAAAUGUUUUAUGCUUAAUCAUUAUUUUUGCUUACUAAUCUCUUUUAGUCAUUGCCUCCUACUUGCUUUUUGAAAUAAUGAAGAGACAAAAAGUUAAAAAAGGACAUUGCAUGUUUUGUUUGUGUUUGGUAGUGACUUUAGACCAAAUAUUUGAGACCGGUUGCCUUAUUAAAGUGCCUUUGCCUCAACAGUGUCCACACAGGCUUUAUGUGGCAAACGUGUGUCUUAAGAGUUUUGAAUGCGCUUUUCUGCUGGAUUGCAUUUUAUUGUUAAUUUGCUGUUAUUAUUUUGGUUCUCCCACAUCUAAUCCAGCCACUGGUUUUAUUCAGAAUAUUCGUAUGUGUGUGUAUUGUUUUUGCUUCAAAUACAGAUAAAGAUUUACUUGUCUAAAACUUUGCUGAAAGAAAUGCAUCUUUUGCUACUUUCGUACUAUUUUUCUGUAAUUUUUAUCUUGAUUUCAAUUGACUUCAAUUAUUGCUUAGUUUUGUUUUAUUUAUAUAUCUCGAGUUACCAAAAUGUUUGCUACUACAAUAUAAGCUUUCCUGUCUUUCCUGUCUGCUGCGGGAUGUGUGGUGGACUCUUUUAUAUGCAAUGUAAUAUUAUGUAAACACAAUCAGAUUUCAGUAUUUUCAAAACAGUAAAAAAAAG